AUGCCUCCUUCAAGUUUACUGUGUUUCACGCAUUCAUUCAUUAAACUAAGUGGUGUCCCUCAGGCACCGAGACUCUGGGGGAGGCACCGUUUUCUGUUGCCUCGGCGGCCUGGCCUUUUAUUCCUUGUAGCAGAAAAGAGCUCUGAAGACCUCCUGCCUCUCAAUGAAGCUGACUUGGAAGAGCAGUUUGUGCGAGGCUCUGGACCCGGUGGCCAGGCGACAAAUAAAAGUAGCAACUGUGUGGUCCUCAAGCAUAUUCCUUCUGGGAUUGUGGUCAAGUGUCAUCAAACGCGAUCGGUAGAGCAGAACCGCCAGAGAGCCAGAGAAAUCCUGCAGGAGAAAGUGGAUGUCUUCUACAAAGGGGAUACCAGCGAGGUUAUUAAAGAGAAAAAGGAACUGCAGAAGAAGAAGCAAGAAAAGAGGCAGCAGGCGAAGGAGAAUCUUGAAAGGAAGAGGCAUUUGAAAGAACUGAAAGCACUGGAGGACAAAUAAGGAGCAUUUAGGUACC